UCCUGGAGGGGUGGGUACCGGGACCGCGCUCAGCCUGGGGUUUGGAGGCGGCCUCCUACAGGAAGCGACCUGGGACCUAAGAUUUUUAGACUGACUGUGGGUUCACUGGAAUAAAAGGAAGAAACAAAGAGCAUUGCAGGCAUCGGGACUGUCACGUGUAUUUGACAAGAUCAAAGCUGCAGGAAAAUGGACAGUGAGGUUCAGAGAGAUGGAAGGAUCUUGGAUUUGAUUGAUGAUGCUUGGCGAGAAGACAAGCUGCCUUAUGAGGAUGUCGCAAUACCACUGAAUGAGCUUCCUGAACCUGAACAAGACAAUGGUGGCACCACAGAAUCUGUCAAAGAACAAGAAAUGAAGUGGACAGACUUAGCCUUACAGUACCUCCAUGAGAAUGUUCCCCCCAUUGGAAACUGACACUUGGCUCCUUUCUUGUGGAUGGAUUUUCUAAAAGUACACAGAUAAAGCAUGUUUUGUUUCAGUCUCCUAAUUCAAAUCUUUGAGUAAUAAAUCAGCACUCAAAAAUGUACACCCAUUUAGUUUGUAGUAGCAAAGUGCGAUGUGAAAAUGUUCACCAGAAUGAGAAACUGAGAUUUCUCAGUAAUAGUGAAUAUUUGGCGCUUUAAGCCUAAAACUCUUCAUUGAGUAGCUUGCAUUAUGAACAUGAUUGGUUAAACAUUUGCCUCCACCUCUGAUUUUGCUUUACUGUCAAAUUUUAACACCUUCCAACUACUUAUGUGUGUCCUGUAACACAGGUGAUUGAACGUAUGAGAGGGAAAGGCAAAGAAAAAGGAAAACAGACACUAGGAGAAUUAUUAACUUCUCAUACUUCCCCACACUGAGAAGCAUUCGGAGUGUAUUUAGCCUGUAGAUGUUGUGAUAUGCAAAUAUCCCAUUCCCUGGUUACUGGCAUUCCUAAGAUUCUUCAUGGUAUUUUCAAACUUUGGAUAAAUUUACAGAUUAGAAAGAUAUCUGACAGUUACCUCUGUUCUCCUUACAAAUUCCUUUUGUGCUGCUGAAAAGGAUCUUUGGCUAGGUGGAUGACUAGUUUUAUUUAGUAAUGGCAUUUCUUAUUUUCUCAAAGCCCUUUCAGUUAUAACCACCCCACUAUGGAAUCAGUAUUUAGUUAUACACUUGUAUAAGAACCUGUAUUUUGAAAAGCACAUUCAUGUAUAUUUAUUCCUGGAAUUAUCUGCCUGUUAAACAGUGUCUUUGAUGUUCUCUCCCCAGAUUGUAAACUCUGUAAGAAGCAGCCCCAGCUGCUUGUAUCUGUAUCCCUUGUUGAAACUCUGAAAACACUGAAUAACUAAAAUGUCUUCUCAUCCUUUU